AUGACCUCCCUGCUGCAGGAGAAGCUGUGUGAAGUUCACACUCAGGCACCUCCUCCCAGCAAAGACUUCCAUCACUUGACUAUCACAAAACAUGAGGUUAUGUGGAAAUCAUGGAGAAUUUCCUUUCGACCCAAUCAAGAAAGAUUUUUCCCAAGAGAAGUGAAGAAACUCCAUAAAGAUUUUCUCUUGGAUGAACAAUUACACAAGCAAGUGCAAAGCAUCUUUGGAAACAAAAUGCUAGACUACAUUCUUAACUUGUGUCAAGGACAGUAUGAUUUCCUAAUUCGAAUGCCUGAGAAUUUGAUUAUACAUAUCCUGUCAUUUCUUAAUACAGAAGAUAUUAGACAGUUGUCAAAAACAUGUAAAAGAUUUCGGCAGUUGUGUAACACUGAAGAAUUUUGGGAAAGAAUAAAAAGGUUGCAAGAGAAAUAUACCCUUGAUGUACAGACAGCCAAAUUUCCAGCUUACAAGAAGCCAAUGAAUUUCCACCAAAGACCAGGCUACCUGACACCGAUGAAUAGAAGGCAGACCACGUUUUUUUAA